UCACGUUAUCCUCCCAUCGCAGCCCGGCCAUUCAUCGUGAGACAUCAGUAAAACAGCAGCGGAAAACACGUAGCCCAGCCAGCGCGUUCUUCUACUUACUGUUACUGUUGUUUUUCCUAAACGUUCCAAGUGCUUAUCAGUUCGAAGCUCCGUUAUCAGAGCUCUUGACAAUCAAAAGAGAAGCUUUCAAAUCAUCGAUUUUCCUGGUGAAGAGUCGAGCCAAACCUGUAGAUUGUAGAUAGAUUGCAUUUGCUUGCGUGGCUGUGAGCACAACCCGAAAAAUGAAGCCGGCCAUAGGUAUAGUGCUAAUGAUUGGUGCCAUUUUGGGCAUGUUUUCCUCUUUUGCUCAGACAGAAGCGCUCGAUGAAGGAUCCUGCCACUCGUUCGCCGGAGGUCACGUUUACCCCCAGGAAGAUGUCCGUUCGGCCGAUCACAAACUGCAGUGGACCAAGGCAGUCAUCUCCCGGCCGGCACCCCAGUUCGAAGCAACAGCGGUCGUGGGUGGAGCGUUCAAAAAAAUUAAACUGUCCGACUAUCGGGGCAAGUAUUUGGUGUUCUUCUUCUAUCCGCUGGAUUUCACCUUCGUCUGUCCGACGGAAAUCUUGGCUUUCUCGGAUCGUGUGAAGGAGUUUAAGAAGCUGAACACCGAAGUGAUUGCGGCGAGCAUCGAUUCUCAUUUUACGCAUCUGGCCUGGAUUAACACACCCCGGAAGGAGGGUGGACUGGGGAAGAUCAACAUUCCAUUGGUUAGCGAUAUUACGCAUAGCAUAGCGAAAGACUACGGCGUGUAUCUGGACGAUCUGGGUCAUACGCUAAGGGGUCUUUUCAUUAUUGACGACCGUGGCAUCCUGCGUCAAAUUACAAUGAACGAUCUGCCCGUUGGGCGUUCCGUAGAUGAAACCUUGCGGUUAGUGCAAGCCUUCCAGUAUACUGACAAACACGGAGAAGUUUGCCCUGCCGGGUGGAAACCUGGCCAGGAUACGAUUGUACCUAAUCCGGAGGAGAAAAUCAAGUAUUUUGAAAAGAAUCAUUAGGUAAUUGCUAAUAUACCUCAUUUAAAAUAAAUUAAGAAACAAAUCCGAUGUGAUUGUGCAAUUCGGGGGAAAUUUUAAA